GGGGCGCUUUUGUGCGGGCAAGAUGGCGCCGCCGGCGGCGCGGUACUGCGUGCCGGGGGAGCGGCUGUGCAGCGCGGCGGAGGCGGCGGCGGGCAGCGGCACCUACACGCGGCACGGCUCCGUCUUCUCGGCGCUGGCCGGCUGCCUGCGGCGGGGGGGCGAGGACGGCGGGGUGCCCGUGGUGUCGGUGCUGAGGGACGCCGAGGCCCAGCUGCUGCCCGACGUGGGCGCCGUGGUCACCUGCAAGGUUUGCAGCAUCAACUCGCGCUUCGCCAAGGUGCACAUCCUCUACGUCGGCUCCACGCCGCUCAAAUCCACCUUCCGCGGCACCAUACGGAGAGAAGAUAUUCGAGCCACCGAGAAAGAUAAGGUAGAAGUUUACAAGAGUUUCCGCCCGGGUGACAUAGUCCUGGCCAAAGUCAUCUCCCUGGGGGACGCGCAGUCCAACUACCUGCUGAGCACGGCGGAGAACGAGCUGGGCGUGGUGGUGGCUCGCAGCGAGGCAGGGGUGCAGAUGGUGCCCAUCAGCUGGUGCGAGAUGCAGUGCCCCCAGACGCACACCAAGGAGUUCCGCAAGGUGGCCCGCGUGCAGCCGCAGUUCCUGCAGACCUAGCAGCCCCCUCGCCCACCGGCCUGCACCCCCAGGAGCUGCGCGGACCCUGCAGGGGGUGGUCUGUGGGGCCAGAGGGGGCUCCUCUGGGCGUGAGAGGCUGGAACGGCAGGGUGGGUUUUAUAUUUCUGCUGUAGGUAAUAAAUCCUUUUUUGAGA